GCCGCGGGGCCGGGAGGGAGGGAGGGAGGGAAGGAGGGCGCUGGUCCCGCGCCACGGGGAGGCUGCGCCGCCGCCUCCCGAUGCGCGUCGUGUCUCUCUCUCUCUCUCUCCCCCACAAUGAUUUUCUGCGGAAACAAUAGCAAAUAUCAGCGUUUAUUUGCGCAGGGGCCGCUGGCGGGGCGGGGCGAGGCGAGUGCGGCUCGGCCCGCACAAUGGGGGCUUUGUUGGGCGCACAGGGCUCCUCUGUGCCGGAGCCGCCGGGCUCAGCCCCGCUCCCCCGCGCUCCCGCCGCGGCUGCGGGGCAGCAGGAAGCGCCGUCAGAUCACAGGGAAAACGCCAGCCAGGUUUAAAGUUAGUGCUGACACCCUACGGAGCGUAGUUAAUCAGCGGGACAAGCAUCUCUGAGUGUAGCUGGCAGAUGGGAAAGUCCCCGAGAGGUCUUGAGCUCAUUGGUCGUGGGUUUGAGCACCAGCGGUGGUAUUGGAAGGAGAAACUUAAAUUGGGGUGCAGGGACUAUGUGGAGGAGGGAAGAGGCUCCAUGCCAGGCGUCCAUCUCGUUUUGGUGGUGAGAAGUCAACAUUGGAGCCUUUGGGAGCUCUCCAAUUUCUUAAGGAGAUGCACGUCUUGUUCCCUUGCUCCCAGGCACACCAUGGAUACCACCGGCCACAGCGUCCUCCUCCUCCAGCAGCUGAACAUGCAGCGGGAGUUUGGCUUUCUGUGUGACUGCACAGUUGCCAUUGGAGAUGUUUACUUCAAAGCCCACAGAGCGGUGCUCGCUGCUUUUUCAAACUAUUUUAAGAUGAUAUUUAUUCAUCAGACGAGGUCAGGAGUGGUUCUGCAGGUAUAACAAGAGCAGUGCCAAGGUCUGGCCUCUGACCUGGGGCUGACUGCUUGUGAUGGAUUAAACCUUCUUCAUUCCCCUUCCUUUCUGAGGAUCGUGGCCUCCAGAACCUCUGCAAGAUAAUCUUUAGGAUCAGCUGCAUCGCCCCUUGGCUGGAACGAGUGCAUAAAAAUUCAGCCUACAGACAUCCAGCCUGACAUAUUUAGUUACUUGUUACAUAUCAUGUACACUGGGAAAGGGCCAAAGCAGACCGUCAGCCAGAACCGGCUGGAGGAGGGCAUCCGCUUUCUGCACGCAGACCACCUCUCCCACAUCGCCAUCGAGAUGAACCAGGCCUUCUCCCCAGAGCCUGUCCAGUCCUCCAACUUGUACGGGAUCCAGAUCUCCACGGCACACAAGCUGGCAAAGGAGCGCCUGGGAGCGAAGGAGAGCCUGCCCAAGGCGGGCGGCAGGUCUGCGGCCCAGGGCGAUCACCCCCAGCUGCAGCUGUCCCUGGCCAUCGGCCUGGACGAUGUCCCCCUGGACCAGCAGGCCGCUCGCCCCGCGGCCCAGCCCGCGGCUCUGGCCAAGCCGGCGGAGGAGCGCCCGAAGCUCUCGGUUUCCAUAAAGCAGGAGAGGUGCGACUCCGAGCCCGUGGUGUCCCAGAGCUGCACCCCUCCUUCUCCGGGGGUAGCGAGCCCCGUCCUCGCCAAGGGCAGCCUCAAGGUGCACUUGUGCCACUACUGCGGGGAGCGCUUCGACUCGCGGGACGGGCUGCGGCAGCACCUGCACACCCACGUCUCGGGCUCGCUGCCCUUCGGCGUCCCGGCCUCCAUCCUGGAGAGCAGCGACCUGGGUGAGGUGCAGCCUCUGGCUGAGGACAGGGAGCCUGGGGAUGGCCAUCGCCUCGGGGCCUUCCUCCUCAAGGAGGAUGAGCAUCAGCUGGAGCACCCGAGCUGCAGCGACCUGGAGCCUCUGCAGAUCGGGCAGCUCUCCCUCAUCUCCAAGGACCACGAACCGGUGGAGUUGAACUGUAACUUUUCUUUCUCAAGGAAGAGAAAGAUCAGCUGCACCGUUUGCGGCCGCACGUUUUUCCGGAAGAGCCAGCUGCUGGAGCACAUGUACACGCACAGAGGGAAGCAGCACAGGUACGGCCGCUGCCAGCAGCUGGAGGGCCCCACCACCCCCAGGUUUCACCCUUACUGUGACAGCGAGAGCGUGGGUAAGAGCUCCAGCUUGUCCCAAGACCACUUAGAUGAAUGUAUUCUGGAGUCAGAUCUCAUCCAAGAAAGUGUCGAUACGAUCCUGGUAGAGUAAUUCUCCCCCUUCAGAUGCUGAAACUGGAUGUUUUGGCAUUCUCCACCUAGGGAGUGGCUGCUCUGUGCAGCUGAUUUUCUUGAGCCACCAUUCCCCUCACCACUGAGAUAACUGUGAAGGACUGUGUACUUUGACUUGUGUACUUGCUUUUUCUACUUCUCUAACUUUUAAACUCAAGUUAAUUCCCAUCUAAGUCCUUCUUGGAAGCCUCCGUGUAACUCAGUUAUGUUUUUCCUGAAUGUGAACUUAUUCCUACUCUGCUUUACUGGAGUAAAGGCUGUAUUGCUGGGUGUGAGGUUUAAACAUUGUCUAGUACUCUGUGUGGUGCCUAGGACUGUUUGUAUCCUGUAGAAUUGCUCUUCUGAAACCAGAUGGAUGGAAGUGUAGAGGGAAAUACUUAUUGUGUUUCCCAAACAGUUUGUUUUUAAUGAAAAUAAAUAUCUCAAGGA